AUGAGCAGGGUCGCAGGCCUGUUGCGGAGGGUGUUUGGAGUAGCCCGUGAACAUGUUGGCACGGAUCAUUUAGGAAAUAAAUAUUACAUAAUCCCUGAACAGAAGACUUGGACAGGAAGGGUUGUCCGUGCCAAGCGGAUGGUAGUGGCAGCCAAUCCUACAGAAUAUCAAUAUAUGGAAGGCAGCAUUCCACUGGAGUGGGAUGCUUGGAUCCGAGGCAGACGCAAGGAGCCCCCCUCCAUCGAGGAGCUGCUGAAGAAUGAGCGCUACAGAGAAGAAAUCAAGGUGAAGGCCAAGGAUGUGGAGGAGAAAGAUACAGCAGUACGAGCAAAGGAGUACGCAGAAGGUCUUGUGGCCACUCCCUCACAGACUGUAGCCAAGGGCCACGCGGCUGCAACUAGUUUUGGCAAGCCACAGAUCAGUGAGGAGCCCACCAGCACGGCAAACACAUUCCAGCCUGGCUCCUGGAUGCCCAACAAGAAAUAGACUGAGACAUUGAUAUAUAUUUUUACACACACAAGAUAUUGCUUGACUCAAAGUCUCAGAGCUAUUUUGUAUCCAGUUAUCUGGUCUGCUCAGCUUUAAGAUAAGUCAAACACAAGGUUUGGCCUAAUAAUAAAAACUGAAAUGGUUGAACCGCUGUAAGUCAAUACUCCAAACCAAGAAAUGCACUUUAUAAAGCCUGAGAGAAAUACUGAAGUAGGUCACUUGCACUAAAUUGUGAUUACCUAAGUUGAAUUUGAUCUGUACACUCUUCACCAGCUGCUGUUACAAAGCCAAAAUACAAACCCAAACAUAAAAUAUGUUUCAAAUUCAAGCUAGUCAGGACAGAUUGGAGUAUUCAGCUACAGCUAAAGUAAAGAUGUGCAGUUAUUUUUUGAUAAACCCUCAGACCACAAUUAUUUUUGACAGUAGUGAGAUGAAAGGUAUUGCUUAUAACAUACGCAUGUGGCAAAGCUCAUACAAGGCUGUGGGAAAUGUUCAUUAUGUGGAUAACAGUUUUUGUGUGCCGCAAAUGGGUGCAAAACUGCAGUUGCGUUAAAUUAUUCUGAGUAAAUAGUGUUCUAUCUGGAGGUGGUGACCAAUGGCUGCAAAUAAUACCUCAUAGUCAAUAAUGGGAUACUGUAUUGAUCCUCAUUGGGAAGCAUACGUUCUGUUUGACCUCCACUGGGAGGGUAAGUGUCAGAAAAGUACCUCUGUAUGUAGUAGGUAUUCAGCAUUUUGUUCAAGACAAGAUGGACACAUACCAACACAAGUGUUUGAACUUGGGUUGUCCAGUUGAAAGACAGUCACUCACUACACCAUCAUGCUAUACACUCAUGAGGAUAAACUGAUUCCAGAAACAAUUCAGGUUUUCUUAGAAAAAAGAAACUAGCAAUUGGCAGGAAUUGUUUGCUUAUAAUUAUUCUUUCAUUUUCUUUAUUGUGUACUUCUUUGCAGCAGGCAUUCAGAAUUAGCUGACAUUAAGUAAAAAGGCACUUGCUGUGAUUGUUUCUUCAUCAAUAUGACAUUAAAUUCACAAUGAGUAAA